AUGGCUGCUUUCCCACGAUUCACAUUUCCUCUCUCCAGAGAGCAGAGUGAAUCCAGUCAUUCACUACUCAUCGAGGCCUCUACGCAGACUGACGCCCCACCAUUUCACACCAGCACCAAUAUAAAACCAAGCGAAGACUGCAGACUUGUCCUCACUCACAAUCACAACUACUCGUGCGCUCAACCCAUUAACCAACUAUCUACUCCACCAGCUUCUCCUAGCAAACUCAGAAUAUCAGCCAUGGGUAUGCAGCAUCUUGGCAAGAAAAAAGGCGACCGUUCUCUGACGCCGCCUCCUACUCCUACUGGAACGUCACAUGUCAAGACUGGAUCAUCGUCGUCCAACUUCCUGGAUUCAUUAUCCAAUCUUCGUCGUGGAGACUCGGUUAUAUCUUCGCCCACAUGUCAAGGUUCCGGGGAGAAGCCCGGCAGCACUGAAGUCAUUACGUAUCCAUACCACGCAAUAGACUAUGAUUUCUGCACCAACGCAAAAGGACAGAAAAAGAUCAUUGGCAACGGUGCUUGGAGCAACGUUUAUCUCGCGACACCCUCUGUGCCCAGCACUGUUGAACAGCCGUCCCUUGAUACUCCUACGAGUAGCAUAUCGCCUCCCCUGACACCACUGGACUCACGUAGCACACCCACGAUUCCAUCUCUCUACGCCAUCAAGGUCCCUGCCACGACUAGCGCAAAGAAGGUCCUCUGCGCCGAGGCAAAGAUCCUAUCCUACCUUUCUCGCUUCCCAAAUGCCCACGCGCACAUCGUCCCCUUCUUCGGCCUCGACACUCGCACAGAAGCUCUCGUGUUAAAAGCCAUGGACGGCACUCUCGAGUCCUGGAUCGCAGCCGAACUCAACGCACUAUCCGAGCCCCUCCGCGCCCAGAAACUCGCCGCCAUCUUCCCCACCCUCGCCCUCUCCCUCAUCGACAGCCUAGCAUGGAUGCAAGACAAAGCCUGCAUCCAAGCCGACAUCAAACCCUCCAACAUCCUCAUCUCCUUCUCCCCCUCCGGCACCCCUAACCCCGUCUACACAGACUUCUCCUCCGCCAUCCUCACCCAACCCGAUGGCCCCAUCGACUCUUCCACCGCCUCCCCCUUCGGCGCAGGCACCUGGGACUACCUCGACCCCAAAACCCUCAACCCCUCACACCCGGCAACCCCCUCCGCCACCACAGACCUAUGGAGUCUGGCCAUUUCCCUCUUGUACCUCGUCAUCGGCUCCUCGCCCUACGACGGCUUCAGAGCGAACAAGUACCAGCAGCGCGAGAUGAUCAAGUCCGGGGCCCCGCUGCAGUGUCUGGGCUACGGCGAUGUGGCCAGUGUGAAUAUGAAGCGUCUGGCCAGUCUUUCGCAGCUUUUGGGGUUUGGGGCCGAGAAGUGGUUUGCCAUGGUAUUGGUUAAGGAUUCGACGAGUAGGGUGGGACUGAGUGUGUGGCGGGAGAAGUUGGUGGAGGCUUUGGCGGCGGGUGCGGUGAAGGUUUGA